AUGCCAGCGACAGUGGGAACCCCAGGCCUCCUCUCCAGGCCCAAGAAAGAAGAUGGAAGCCCGUUGUAUCCCGACUACAUGCCACACUAUGAUCCCCUCGAGAAAGUCGAAGACAUUGGCGAGUUCGAGCACUUCGACCCUGGCCACCGGGCUGAUCCCAAAUUACCCAAUUUACUGAAAAAUGUGACCAAAAUGUUCGAUCUCUCGCCGCACGUGGGCACGGAAAUCCAGGGAGUGCAGCUGUCGCAGCUCGAUAGCGCGGGGCUAGAUGAGCUGGCUCUUCUCGCGGCGCGCAGAGGAGCGCUCGUGUUUCGCGAUCAGGAUUUCUGCAAUCUUGGAUUCGAGCAGCAGAAGAAAAUCGUGGGACACUUUGGUCCGCUGCACAUUCAUGGCUGGGCGCCUCAUCCGGCUGCUGGCUCGGAGGAGCAUAUGAUUAUAUAUGACCACAAGGAUGACCUGCGUGUGCGACAGUCCUGGGCAGGCCGCAGCCCAGUCCAGUGGCAUACCGACCAAAGCCCUGAAAAGCAGCCUCCAGGAACAACGUUCAUCGCCAUGCUCGAGUCGCCCAGUACAGCCGGCGGCGACACUUUGAUCAGCUCCAGUGUGCGUGCAUACAGCAGUCUCUCGCCGCGUUUCCGUAAGCGACUGGAGGGUCUCACAGCCAUUCACACAAAUAAUGAUGGUGUCAGCGCCGAGUUGAAGCACGGCGAACAGGCCGUCAUGCGGCGCGGUGUCCUCCAGGCAGAGCACCCCGUUGUGCUUGUCCACCCGGUCACCAAGGAAAAGGCACUUUACGUCAAUCCAGUCUACACCAAACGCAUCGUUGGAUUCGACCAGGAAGAGUCAGAGUGUAUCCUCCGCUUCUUGUUCGACCACAUUGCCAAACGCCAGGACUUUUCCUGCCGGAUUCGAUACGAAGCCGGCACCGUUCUAGUCUGGGACCAGCGCGUGACGAAUCACUCGCAGACGCUCGACUAUCCUGUCGGAGACCGCAGGCAUGGAUUCCGUCUCACACCGCUGGCAAACAAGCCGAUUCCAGCCAAGAUUGAGGAAGAUGACGGAGAGUGCGCAAAGGACGAGUCGAGAGCGCAGCUUAAUUUGUGUUAG